UUUAUUUUCAGUUUUCGAUUCGUGCAUGGCAUCGCUUCUGCUUUCGCAAGAAGCGUCCGAUCUCUGCCUCGGAAAGCCUCCGCUAAAGUCCGUGUCGAUCUCCGCCACGGUCGGGGAGGCAUUGUCGGCUCUAAGGCGGCUCGGCGAGAGCAGCCUCAGCGUGUGGAGCUGCGACCACUCCUCAGAAAAAAGCAACGUUAGCGUCGUCGGCAGUUCCGACUCCACGGAGGACUGCCGAUGCGUAGGAAAGGUUUGCAUGGGGGACGUUAUAUGCUUCUUGGGGAAAGAAGAGAACUUGUCGUCUCCGGCGAAAGCGCUCGAGGCUCCGCUGGAGGUUUUGAUUCCGAAAGGAUCUGGCCUUGUUAGGCAUUUGGAACCACACGCCAGCUUGGUGGAGGCCAUUGAUCUCGUUUUAGAAGGUGCACAAAACCUUGUGAUUCCGAUUCAAAGCCGCUGGACCACAGCGACAAGAAAAAAGCUCCUCCCCAACCGCUCCUUCAACACCCUCCACAACAACCGUGAAUACUGCUGGCUCACACAAGAAGACAUCAUCCGCCACCUCCUCAACUACAUAGGGCUCUUCAGCCCCACCUCAAACACCCCCAUCAACUCCCUCCAUGCCAUCGACACCGUAAACAUCCUAGCCGUUCAUUACGACGACCCUGCCUCGGCCUCAUUGCCCCUCAUCUCUCAAUCCCUCGCCCAGCAAACUUCGGUUGCCAUUCUUGACGUGGACGGCAGGGUGAUCGGGGAGAUCUCCCAAUACACCCUCAACACCUGCCAAGAGUCCGUGGCAGCUGCCAUUGCCACGCUUUCCGCAGGUGACCUGAUGGCGUACAUUGACUGCGGUGGUCCGCCAGAUGAGCUGGUGCAGUUGGUGAAAGAGAGAUUGGAGGAGAAGAAAUACGGGGCGUUCUUGGAGCUAAUGGAAGAAGAGUCAACAAUGUCAAUGUCGUCGUCUUCUUCUAUCUGUUCAACGUCUUCGGAUGAAGAGUUCGGGUGGGGAAGGAGGUCCGGGGGAGGGUAUUCGGCACGAUUAGUUAGGAGGUGGGAGGCAAUUGUGUGCUAUCCGUGGAGCUCCUUGGUGGCGGUGAUGGUUCAGGCGCUUUCGCACCGCGUGAGUUACGUGUGGGUUGUAGAAGAGGAUGCGACUUUGUCCGGCAUAGUAACCUUUGCAAGCAUGUUCAAAGUUUUUCGGGAACGUUUGAGGUCUAUGGGAAUAACGGAAGAUGAAGUCACACAAUUUAGUUUAGCUAGUCUUUGAAGCUAGUCCAGUUCAAGAUAACCUACUAUAGAAAACAAGGCCUAUAGGGACAUGAGAUCAUGAUAAGUCACACAACGGAUUUAUCAUAAUAAUUUAGUAUCGAACUUACUACUUACGAGAGUCAAAUCUAAAACAUUGUAUGGUAGGCCAAAAAUCCAAGUGUGAUGCAAUUAAUCACACUCCUGAAGUUGUGGUUGUUGUAAUUCUUCCAAUGUUGUUACCGAGGCGUUGAUGGUUUUCUUCA